UAGCAGAAGUGGAGUUCCCUUCUCUCUCUUGGCGCGUGAGCGUUUAAGCAGAUGGCUCCACUGAUGAUGGCUGACGUUCCGUCGUCAUAGUCGGCGUUACAGUAUCAGAGGACCGCAGUGAGAAGAAAAGAAAAAGAAAAAGGAGCUGUCUUUCUGAUCAUCCAUCGAAGGAGUUCAAAUGGCUGGCGAAAAUGGAGGAGGAGGAGGAGGAGAAUGGAAACAAGGGGAGGUGAAAGAGGGGGUGGCCUCAAUAGCCCUCCUUCCGUGCGGCUCCAUCUCGGGCCACUUCAUCCACCUCCCCCAUUCCAUCUGCUAUGGCCUCCACGGCACUGAGUUGGCGUGCGAAAGGGAAUGCAGCAGGGGAGAGGACUACCGCCUGAUCAAACUCUCCAUCACGGACUUCAAAACCAAACAAGAAGGGACUGUUGUGGUGGAGUGCAAAGGCCAUGAUGCUGCUCGGUUUCAUAGCAUAGAUCAUGCUCACGGUUGGGAAGAGGACGUGGCAGGGCUACUGGAGCAAAAACAUCAAAAGAGCAAGAUUGUGGUCUCUUUUGAGUGUGAGACCCUGAAAGCUGAGGAAGCAGCCGAGGACCAUAUCAAGAAGUUUAUGCCAAAAUUAAAAGGACUCGAUGCUGUUGGUUAUUGUUCUCGGCUUAAGGUAAAUCACUUAUCCUUUAUUUGUACUGCAGUUAACAUCGGGCGAAUGAGGAUUGCAGGGUUGGACUUUGAUGCAGAAAAAGCAGACUUGGAGCAGAAUCUGUGAUAUUCAUGGCGCACAUAUUUUUGGCUGAAACUUCAAGCUUCCUUUGUCAUAGAUAAGAGCAUGCUUUAUCUGAUGAUAUGUUUUGUGAUUAUCUAGAUAAUUCGUCCAAUCCUUACAUGUUUACAGUCAGUAUGCCCUUGAUUAUUCUGGUGAGAGAGUGUGAUACUUGCACAUGUGAGUAAUCAAAGCUUGGUCAUUAGCCACUCGGGUUCAAUUUAGUCGUUAUAUAGCUCGAAGCUAUUUGAUAUAAGAAUACUUUUAUUA